AUGAAGCAGCAAGAGGCAGAAAAUGCCGAGGGUGCUGCUGGAAAGAAGAAGAAGAAGGUUACCGCAGCACAGCUUCGUGUCCAACGGGAUCUUCAAGAGCUCACUUUGGGAAAUACGAUGAAAAUGUCCUUCCCCAACCCCGACGACAUCCUCAAUUUCACCUUGACCAUCGAGCCCGACGAGGGCAUGUACAAAAAUGGCACCUUCAACUUCUCUUUCGCCGUCAACCAGAACUUCCCGCACGAUCCCCCGAAAGUGAAAUGCUUGCAGAAGAUCUACCAUCCAAAUAUCGAUCUGGAAGGGAAUGUUUGCUUGAACAUUCUGCGCGAAGACUGGAAGCCCGUUUUGAACCUGAACGCUGUCAUUGUCGGCAUGCAGUUCCUGUUCCUUGAGCCGAAUGCCUCCGACCCCCUCAAUAAGGAUGCUGCGGAGGACCUCCGCACCACUCGCGAAGCCUUCAAGAAGAACGUGCGCAGCUCUAUGAUCGGCGGGACCGUCCGAGGCAUAUCAUAUCAGCGAGUGCUUAGGUGA